UGGCGCUGCCAGAUUUUCAAGAGACUCUUCCAACAAGUUGGCAGGCAAUGCAAUACACGUGCGAAUCGUAAACAAAAUGCAUUUUUUGUAAUUUCACAACGUUUUGCAUUGGUUAACAACAAAAAUGUCGCGUAUUAUUGUCAAACAGCUGCCUAAGCAGAUAAGUGAGGAUAAGCUGCGAAACAUCUUCGGCACAAAGGGUACCAUCACAGAUCUGCAGCUAAAAUACACGCCCGAUGGCAAGUUUCGGCAAUUCUGCUUUGUCGGCUACAGCAGCGAGGCGGAGGCACAGGCGGCCAUCAAACACUUCAACAAUACCUGCAUACAGACGAGCCGCGUGCGCGUGGAGUCGUGUGCGGCGCUGGGCAGCGAGGAGAAGCCGCAAUCCUGGAGCAAAUAUGCCAAGGAUAGCAAAAAGAACCAGGACAAGCUGAGGGCAGAACAGCCAGAGGCUGACACAGCUGACCAAAAGAAGUCGAAAAAGAAAUCAAGCAAAGUCGAUGAAAUUCUGGGCAAGCACAAGGAUGACCCGGAAUUUCAAGAGUUUCUCCAGGCGCACGACAAGACGCGCACCCUCUGGGCCAACGAUGCGGGCCUAGCUGGCGCCCAGUCCGUCGAGGAGGCAAGCGACGAUGAGACUGAAGCGCCGGCACGUGAUGACAGCGGCGUGGAUGCAGACAAUCACGACGACGACGACGACGAGGAGGAGGAGGAGGAGGAGGGUGACGAGCAGCAGGCAGAAAAGCUGGCUGAGAAGCCCAUCAGCGACAUGGAGUACAUGAAGUCCCUAAUGGCCGGCAAAACGGAUGCCAAAGAAAAGGCCAAGACACAAACGAAGCCAGACAAAAGCAACCUUGAACUGUUCACCAUCAAAAUCCACAAUGUGCCGUACAAUACCAAGCGCCAGGACAUCAUCAAGUUCUUUAAGCCGCUCAAGCCGUACUCGGUGCGUCUGCCCGGCAAGGUGCAUGGCUUCUGCUAUGUGGGAUUCAAGACCGAGCGCGACAUGGCUAAGGGCAUGAUCAAGAACAAGAGCUUCAUCAAGGGCAAGCAGGUGUUCUUCUCGGACUUUACGGCAAAGAAUAAAGUUACGAAGGCGAUGAAAAGCGGCAAACCCGUAGAUGCAGCCGAUCAAGAGGCGGCAGCGAGGGGCAAUGCCAAGUGGAAGCAGCAACAGGAUAGUUUGCGCAGCGAGGAGAACAUAUCCGAUUCGGGUCGCAUAUUCUUUCGCAAUUUGGCCUACACCACCACCGAGGAGGAGCUGCAAAAGCUGUUCGAGCCAUUCGGACCCGUUGUCGAGGUCAAUCUGCCCGUGGAUAAGGUGACCAGGCAGAUCAAGGGCUUUGGCACGGUUACAUUCAUGAUGCCAGAGCAUGCGCUUAAGGCAUUCAAUGCGCUCGAUGGCACCACCUUCCAUGGUCGCCUGCUGCACUUGCUGCCCGGCAAGGAGCUGGACAAGCCCACGGAAGAGACGAACGAGGAGCUCGAGUCGGGUCUUUCGUUUAAGCAGAAGAAGGCGCUCAAGCUGAAGCAGAAUGCCCAGAAGCCCAUUGGCUGGAACACGCUCUUUAUGGGCGCCAAUGCCGUUGCCGAGCUGCUGGCCAAACAGUUCAAGACCAGCAAGGCGCACAUUCUGGACACCGACGAGGGUGGCAGCAGUGCUGCCGUGCGACUCGCGCUUGGCGAAACGCAGAUUGUCAUCGAAAUGAAAAAGUUUCUCGAGGAGGAGGGCGUGCGUCUCAGCGCCUUCGAUGAGCCCGCACAGAAGCGCUCCAAGACUGUGCUGCUGGCCAAGAAUCUGCCCGCUGGCACCGAACCAUCCGAUCUGGCGCCCAUCUUCAGUAAAUUUGGUCCCAUCGGACGCAUUGUGCUGCCGCCCAGCGGCAUCACCGCGCUCAUCGAGUACUGUGAGCCGUCGGAGGCGCGACAGGCGUUCAAGAAGUUGGCCUACAGCAAGUUCAAGAAUGUGCCGCUCUAUCUGGAAUGGGCGCCGGAGAACACGUUCACCAAGACGUUAAGCGGCGAGGCCGUCAUACCCAAAACCGAGCCCAAACCCGAACCUGCUGUUGAGAAUGAGGAGAAGCCGGAGUCAAAGACAGAGGAGCCGCACAAAACGGAGCCCGUGGCGGAGGAUGCGGAUGAUGAGCCCGAACCGAAUACGACCAUAUUUCUGCGUAAUCUCAACUUCAAGACCGUGCAGGAGACGGUGCUCGAACAUUUUCGGCAUUUGGGCACGGUGCAUACCGUUGAGAUAGCCAAGCGCAAGGAUCCACAGAAUCCGCGACAGCUCAAUUCCCUGGGCUAUGGCUUUAUACAGUUCAAAAAGGCGUCUGUUGCCUCACAGGCGCUCAAGGACAUGCAGCUAACCCAAAUCGAUGGCAAUCUGGUCGAGCUAAAGCGCAGCGAUCGCGUCCUCAAAAACCAGGACGAUGGAGCACGCCGUCGCCAGGUGGCACAAAAGAAACAGACUGGCACCAAGAUUCUGGUGCGCAAUAUACCCUUCCAGGCGCAUUAUCGCGAGGUGCGCGAUAUAUUCAAGGCCUUUGGCGAGCUGACUUCGCUGCGCUUGCCCAAGAAGAUGACGCCCGGCGAGGAUGCGCAUCGUGGCUUUGGUUUUGUCGACUUCACCACCAAGGCGGAUGCGAAGCGGGCAUUUGAUGCGCUCAGCGCCAGCACCCAUUUGUAUGGACGCCGUCUGGUGCUCGAGUGGGCCUCCAAUGAGGAUCAACAGGAUGUCGAGGAGCUGCGCAAACGCACCGCCGCCAAAUUCGAGGGCAAUCAAACGGCCAACGAGGCCAAGCGCAGCAGGCGCGCCUUCUUCGAUGUCGAGAGCAACGUUCAGCAGCCGCCCGAAAACGAAGAAGACGAAUAAAUUAUUAAGCCAUUUAGCAUGUUAAAUACCUUUAUAAUGUGUACAUGAAAUAGAUCUGUGUAAAUGUGUAUAUACCUCUUAAAACAAA